UCCCUGAAUUCUAUUUCCGGGUCACGUCAAAGCUACCUUUGCCCAUUAAUAGAGCUUGAAAACCACCAUUUGUUACGACAUUCUAAAUGUCAACACGUUUACUAUGUACCACCAACCCGUGUUGAAGAACCGGCGCACGCUGUUGGAGAGGGCCGAGAAGUUCGUUUCUGAUCUUUAUUUCACAGACUGCAACCUGCGAGGACGGCUAUAUGGAGACUCUCACCCGCUGGAAUCUCUCGGCUCGUUUAUGUCCUCCAAACGGAUAACAUUCUCAGAAGCGCAAACGCAGAGCUUCAGCCCUUAUAAACUUGGUGAUAGUUUUGGACCAACAUGGUGGACGUGUUGGUUUAAAGCAGCCUUGAAAAUCCCUGUUUCCUGGAGAGGAAAAGAGGUCCAUCUUCUGUGGGACAGUGAUGGAGAGGCGAUGGUCUGGAGGGAUGGGCAGCCAGUUCAGGGUCUGACGAAAGAAGGUGAAAAGACAAGUUACAUCCUUUCUGACUGUCUCACAGAGGAGGAGACACACAGACUGGACAUCUAUGUGGAGCUGGCCUGUAAUGGCCUUUUUGGAGCCGGUCAAGGCUCAAUGAUUGCAGCUCCAGAUCCGAACAAGACUUUCACGGUGCGGAAGGCGGAGCUCGUGGUAUUUAACAGAGAUGUGAGGGAACUGCUGACUGAUUUUGAGAUGCUGAUUGACAUCGUCAAGGAACUGGGUGAGAGCGAGCAGCGGAGCUUCCAAGCGCUCUUCACUGUCAAUGAAAUGGUUAACGUGAGCAACCCGGCUGAUCCCAACUCCUUUGACAAGGCACGCACUCUGGCUCACAAGUUCUUCAGUCAGCGCAAUGGCCAAAGCCAACAUACUGUGCAUGCCAUGGGCCACUGCCACAUAGAUUCAGCUUGGCUGUGGCCUUAUGAAGAAACCAUUCGCAAAUGCGGUCGAAGCUGGGUGACCGCGAUCCGUCUCAUGGAAAAGAACCCGGAGUUUGUCUUUACCUGUUCUCAGGCCCAGCAGUUUGAGUGGGUCAAGAGUUGGUACCCAGGACUCUUCUCAGAGAUUCAACGUUACGUCAAGACGGGGCAGUUCGUUCCGGUUGGAGGGACGUGGGUGGAGAUGGAUGGCAAUCUCCCCUCAGGAGAAUCCAUGGUAAGGCAGUUCCUGCAGGGCCAGCGUUAUUUUGAGCAAGAAUUUGGAAAGAGGUGCAAAGAGUUCUGGCUUCCAGAUACAUUUGGCUACUCGGCCCAACUCCCUCAGAUCAUGCAGGGUUGUGGAAUUUCCAAUUUUUUAACACAGAAACUCAGUUGGAACCUCGUGAACACCUUUCCUCAUAGCACAUUUUUCUGGGAAGGACUUGAUGGUUCCAAGGUCUUGACUCACUUCCCACCUGGAAAUUCAUAUGAAAUGAAGGGCAAGGUGGAAGAUCUUGUAAAAACCGUCAAGCAAAACAAGGACAAAGGCAGAGCCAACCACAGCGCCGUGUUAUUUGGAUUUGGUGACGGGGGCGGCGGCCCCACACAGUUAAUGCUGGAUAGGCUCAGACGGGUCCAGGACACAGAUGGACUUCCCAAGGUUCACAUGUGCGGUCCUGACAAGCUCUUUUCUCAGCUUUGGGCAGACUCACAUCUGCUCUGCACUUGGACUGGCGAACUUUUCCUGGAGCUGCACAAUGGCACGUACACCACGCAAGCACAGAUCAAGUGUGGCAACCGCCAGUGUGAAACGCUCCUGCAUGAUGUUGAGAUGGCUAGCAGCUUGGCAAUGUGUCGUGAUCAAACUUUUCAAUAUCCCGUGUUGAAGCUGCGGGAGCUCUGGAGGCUUCUGCUACUGAACCAGUUCCAUGAUGUCAUCCCAGGCAGCUGUAUCGAGAUGGUUGUGGAGGAUGCACUGAGGUAUUAUGAAGAUAUCAAGAGAGCCGGUGCUGCUCUCCUGCAAGAUGGUCUGGGAGGCCUCAUGUCAAAGGGCGAGGCCACAGGAGUCUUCAACUCUCUGCCGUGGGAGCGACUUGAAGUCCUCCAGAUACAAGAUGGCCCCAGUAAACACGAUUUAGCUCUGGUGAGAGUUCCGAGCAUCGGUGUCGCUCCUGUUCAAGACACAAAGCCUGUGACUCCAGUCUGUGUCGCUGUCCAGGCUGACGGCAGUGUCCUGAUGGAAAACGGGAUCGUACGAGCUGUCGUGAAUAAAGACGGCACAUUGACAUCAUUGUGUUUGAUCUCUGGAAACAGGGAAGCCAUUCCGGAUGGCUGCGGCGGUAAUCAGUUUGUCAUGUUUGAUGACGUCCCCUUGUACUGGGACGCUUGGGAUGUAAUGGAUUAUCAUCUUCAAACAAGGAAGCCAGUGGUGGAGGUCCUGCGGCCUGCCCAUGUGCUGUCAUCACAUGAGCUCAGAGGAAGCGUGGGCUUCGCGCUCAGGAUCAGCGACGAGAGCACAGUCACACAGGAGAUCGUGAUGGAUGCCAUGUGUCCUUAUAUUAAGUUCAACACGCAGGUGGACUGGGCUGAGUCGCACAAGUUUCUGAAGGUUGAAUUCCCAGUGCGAGUGCGAAGCCCCAACGCUACAUAUGAGAUCCAGUUCGGACAUCUGCAGAGACCCACGCACAGGAAUACAUCAUGGGACUGGGCCAAAUUUGAAGUUUGGGGCCACAAAUGGGCCGAUUUGUCAGAGCACAAUUUUGGAGUGGCUCUGCUCAAUGACUGCAAAUAUGGCUAUUCGGUCCAUAAGAACACCAUGACCCUCUCUUUGUUGAGGGCACCAAAAGCACCGGAUGCCAACGCCGAUAUGGGCACACAUCAUUUCACCUAUGCGAUCAUGCCACACACAGGGUCCUUCCAAGAUGCCGCAGUCAUUCAGUGUGCAUACAACCUCAACUUCCCUUUGCGGUUAGCGUCGUGUUCCCUAGACACUGCCCCAUGGAGUGCCUUUUCCAUCAGCCCAAGCAGUGUCAUCCUCGAGACCGUAAAACAGGCUGAGGACCAGAAAGGAGCCCUCGUCGUCCGAAUGUACGAGGCUCACGGCGGCAGCGUGACCGCAACCCUCCGUGUGAUGCUUCCGGUCAAGGAGGCCUGGCAUUGUAAUCUUCUCGAGCAAAUUGACACUACUAAGCCAGCACAUGUGACUGAAGAUGGAAUCACUCUUGACUUCAGCCCCUUUCAAGUCAGAUCACUUCUGCUUGUUGUGAAUGCAUAAUGUUGAUUUGGAAAGUCAUUGAUCAAACCGCUUAAUUAUCAAUACGAUGAUACAUUGAAACUUCCAAAAACGAAGAUCGUAAAGAUGGUACUAUUUGGAAUUGACAGGUCAGCAGGGUUGCUUUGUGGUGAUCUUGUCGGCCUUGGGGGUUCAAUUCUUAACCGAGGCGUCCUCAUGAGCCUUGCAGGUUUCAAACGAAGACAUCUAAAUUGUCCAUGGAUGUGAAUGGUUGUUUUUCUAAUGUGCCCCGCGGUUGGCUCUAUGGUGGGUGCCCCAAUUCUUGCCCCAAAGUCAACUGGCAUGGGCAUCAGCAACAAGCGGGAUUGAAAAUGGAUGGCUGCCUUGACGGUUGCC